AUGGCUAAAACGGUCAGAAAAGUAAAACGUGGUAAAGUUAAAGAAACAAGCAAUGUCAUCAAAGCACCAGCGAUAGUAGUCACUUCCCCAGAUAAUACAGAAAUGACUGUUAAAGCAAUCGGCUCACAAAAACUUAACGACUCCAACGCUAUCAAUGAGAAUAAAAACAAAAUGGACUUCAACGUAAAUCAACUCAUUGCUGAACUAUCAGAGAACUCACGUGCUUCUAAAGGCGAAAUCGAGCAGAUACAACGGAGACUUCUACAGCAGGCAAAUGAGAUUCUUAAAGUCAACGCCUUCGCAAAUCCGGAGCCCCGAGUAAUAAGUGCGACGCAGAAAGGUUCCAUCUACGGAAUUCCACAUACGAAUGGGCUAAACCUCGCUCAGGGUGCUCAAUUAGUUCCCGAGAAGUUAACAAAUAAUUCUAGUGCAAUGAUAAGCACGCAAAGGGUCACAGCUGAGGCGGGAAGUUUUUUCUUCGAAACAGGUUCUGCCUCGCGCGUCGCCAGUCCGCGCGCCGCGCCCAUAAGAGGUGAAUGUCUACAUUUUAAGUUUUAUUAA